AGCAAAAACAUCGUUGUGCUCCCUGCUAAUUAAGAGAAACGAGCCAAUAAAGCCAAACACCUGCAUCUGCAUUACUUCUUCUUGUCUCCACAAUGGCGAACCCCGCCCUGCUUCUCCUCAUCACCGUGCUGGCCACUGCCAGCGGCAUCGUCACAGCCACGGCCGGCAGCAGCGGAACCCAACAGCCAUCGGCAAGGAGGAGCCGUUUUCUGCUUGUUGACGGCGUUGCUCAGCUGCCUUUGCCAGCCUAUGACUGCUCGAAGAAGUCGGUCGAAGCAUGCCUCGCAACCGGGACGACAUGCUGCAGCGGCCAGUGCGUCGACACCGCCGCCAACGCCCAGCACUGCGGCGCCUGCAACAAGGCGUGCAAGCAUGGCCGGACGUGUUGUGGCGGGCAUUGCGUCGAUCUGCUCUCCGACAAGAAGAACUGUGGCACCUGCUCUAACCAGUGUGGCAACAAGUGCAGCUACGGCUUCUGCGACUACGCCCAGUAACUGAGUUCAAAUGUUGAACACUGUUGUCUACCGUUGAAAAUCAGUAACCUGAGUUCAACACUAUAUAUAAUUGUAUAUGUGCAUGGGCAUGGAGAGGCAAAGGGAGGCGUUGAGCUACAGUUUACCAACCGAUUGAUUUACUAUAGUAAUUAUUAUUGACAGCUCUUGUAGUACAGCAUGAAAUUGUGGUACCUGUAUUACUGCCGUUGUAGCGGUGGUGUCCGCUAGUAAUGUUGUUGAUUAACUACAAAAAUUGUUGUGUCGGUUUA